UUCUGAAGUCUUGGAUUUUAUAAAAUAUUUUAAUUUUCAUGAAAUUGCUGCUGAAGUAAACCUAAUGUCCUAAUUCAUGACUUUUAUUUUAAAUUAUCGAUGUACAUUUGUAGUUAAUACUUUCAUCAGACUGAAAAGUUCAUUGAGCCGACAUCAGGUCAAAAUGCAAGUGUUUACGCAGAAGAGGAAUCCCCUUACCGGCAGCACUGAGUGGGAUGUGCAGCAUGAAGACUACGACUAUCACCAGGAGAUUGCACGUUCAGCUUUUGCUGACAUGUUGCAUGAUACAGAGAGAAACAAAAAAUAUUAUAGGGCAUUGCAAUUGGCUAUAGAGAAAAUGCACAAUGAUGGGAAAAAGGCCAAUGUUCUGGACAUAGGUACAGGAACGGGCCUCUUAUCCAUAAUGGCGGCAAGAUGCGGCGCUGACUCCAUUGUGGCAUGCGAAGCCUUUGAGCCUAUGGCAGAAUGCUGCCUCAAGAUCUUGGCUCGUAAUGGCGUGGCAGACAAAAUAACCGUCAUACCGAAGCGAUCCACUGAUAUUACGGUCGGUGAAAAUGGUGACAUGAAAGAGAAAGCUAAUAUUUUAGUCACUGAAGUUUUUGACACUGAAUUGAUUGGAGAAGGAGCACUGUCAACAUUUUCACAUGCACAUAAGUUCCUCUUGGAAGAGGACUGUAUCGUGGUGCCCGACUCAGCGGUUAUUUACGCACAAGUGGUGGAGUGUCCGACCAUGCAGAAGUGGAAUAAACUGAACGAUUUGGCCGAUGAAGAUCUGCAAAUUGUGUUGAGGACUCCACAGAAAAUGAAGGAAUGCGCGGGCUCCGCCGCCGUCCACGACAUCCAGCUGUCUCAGUUACCUCGCACAGCCUUCCGGGAACUCUCCGACCCAAUCCCAGUGUUUUACUAUGACUGGUCGGGCCGAACUGCCAUCGAUAUGAAGAGGACGGUCAAACAGGAGUUCACUGUUACUGGUACUGGGAAGGCACAGAUGGUGUUCAUGUGGUGGGAACUCAAUAUGGAUACAGAGGGUAAGAUCGGCCUCAGUUGUGCUCCCUGGUGGGCCCAUCCCGACGCAGACAUUUCUUCAGAGCGCCCGCAAGACUCCAUCCCCUGGCGCGACCAUUGGAUGCAAGCCGUAUACUACCUCCCACAAGAGAUCACACUCAACAAAGAUUCUGAAAUCACUCUCAUCUCCUGCCAAGACGAAUACUCCCUAUGGUUCUAUCUAGAAGACCAAAACACAAAACCCAGUCACUACAAAAGGCCUGUAUGUGAGUGCGGAGUUCACAUGGCCUUAUCGAGAACCCACGUGUCGUAUUUGAACGAUGGCAAACGAAGUAAAAAGUUCCUGAACCAAAUUAGGGAAGAAAUGGGGAGGGAUGCGGUGUUUUUAGACUUUAAUGGCAGUAGUGUUCUGGGCUUAGCUGCGGCUAGUAUGGGCGCUAAAACUGUCUAUAUUAUCGAGAAUACGAAUAUGCAUAUUGGCAUCCUAGAGGAUUAUAUCAAAGAGAAUAGCUUAACGAAUGUCAAGAUCAUACCUGAGGCGAAUGAUGAGGUGUUGAAAGAAGUGACAAAUGUGAUAAGCGAUCCCAACUUUAGCAGCGCUAUUCUGCCAUGGGAGAAUUUAAAAAUGGCGUACACUCUGUACAAGUUCAAAGAUAAGCUAAGGGAGAAUGUGUCCGUGAUUCCCGAGGGUUGCGAGUUUUGGGCUAUGCCCGUCGAGUUCCAGGAUCUGCACAAAAUAAGGAUACCCCUAGGAAAAUGUGAGGGAAUCGACAUGUCUGUUUUUGACAGCCUUGUUGAGGUAAUUGAGAGUUCCCGCAUCAUCAGCGACGCAGAAAUAGAGGCCCAGCCGCUAUGGGAGUAUCCUUGCAAGUGCCGAGGAGUUCCAAGGAAGCUUCUGGAGAUCGACUUCAGCCUGUUAAAAGCUACUUAUGCGGGAGAUGACACGCAUGUGUUGGUUGACACUGACACAGAAGCUAGCCCUAUGAACGGGUUUGCUUUAUGGGCGGUUUGGAAGAUCGGCGGGAAGCAGACCAGCGCUGGGCCUCUCGAGUGGCCCACGGUUGGGGAGAGGGUGCAGUGGGAUACGCACACGAGACAAGCUGUCAAAAUACUGAAAAAAACCCAAAUGGUGAGUGGCAGCAACAAAUGGACGUAUCAAGUAGCGUGCGACCUGGAAAGAGGCCAGUUCAACGUCAGCCUAGACUUGGUGCCUGAGGAAUAAUCAUCAGUCUAAUUAUUUAUAACAUAUAAACGCAUUUAUAAUAAAACUUUAUUACAUCUGAA